CUGUGUGCCAUAGUGUCUUAGCUGGAGUACCAAGUGCCAGCGAUUGGGUAUCACAUCCAUCCGCUAGCAUGUCCGAAGUGGAGUCUGAGCUGCUUAGAAAAGUGAAUGAGAAAAUCGAUCUGAUUGAGCCCACAACCGGAAAACUGUUUUUCGAGCACAAAACAGAGCUGGUUUUCUGUAGGCCGCACCUGAUGCCGCUAAAGACGCAGGCGCUGGAACGGCUAGAGGAAAUGCAUCGCGAAACUGCGCGUCAGCUGCAAAAGAAGCGAAACAAUAAGAAAAUCACCGAGCCCCACAAGGAAUAGGCCGUCAAUCAAG